AUUGUGGUUUUUCGGAAAUUAGGUUCUCUCUCAAUUCUCUUGCCUCUAUCUCUCUCUUCGGCCCUUCUCUCUCCAGAUCAAUCAGAAUUCGGAUCAACCCCUCAUUGUCCGUCUCUGAAAAUAAUUGAACAGAGAAAAUCCAAUGAUGCAGAAGUUGAGUCACUGCGAGAGGAAUACCAUCAAAGGGUUGCAACACUUGAAAGGAAGGUGUAUGCUCUUACAAAGGAAAGGGACACGCUUCGGCGGGAGCAGAAUAAGAAAAGUGAUGCAGCUGCUCUUCUGAAGGAAAUGGAUGAAAUAAUUAAUCAAGUUAUGGCUGAAGCUGAAGAGCUUUCAAAAAAGCAGGCUGCUCAAGAAGGACAGAUUAGGAAAUUAAGGGCUCAGAUCAGAGAGUUUGAAGAAGAGAAGAAAGGGUUGAUUACUAAACUUCAGGAAGGUGAUGCUGCUGUUGCCGUUUCUGAGGAGGUGAAGAACAACCAUGUAGAUGGGAAAACAUUGGACAAUGAGUUGGAGGUUGUUGAGGGAAUGAAGCUAGAUAGGGGCUACAUAUCCCCUUAUUUCAUCACCAACCAGAACAAUCAGAAAUGUGAAUUGGAAAAUCCUCUAAUCAUAAUCCAUGAGAAGAAAAUCUCAAGUAUUAAUGAUGUGGUUAAAGUAUUGGAGUUGGUUUUGCAGUUAUGAUUUCAGAUCUGUAGAUAACCUGUUGUUGCUGAUAUUGCUACACGGGAGGAGAACAGAACAAGUUGGAAAAUGUGCAAGAAGGGAGAGCUAACUCAUACAACGAAGAACAAAUUGAUGAAGUUAAGAUCAAAUUAGUAGAAUUUGUGAGCUCUCCAUUAUUUAUAAUUAUAGGUAGGAAGUAUGUAUGUAAUAGAGCAAAGAUUGGUUGACUAUGUAAUAACAAUUGAAUUGUCAAGUUUUAUGAAAGAAAUAAUUUUUGCUUCUU